AUGGCAGCGGCGGAAAGUGUGGAUGCACCAUUUGCAUCUGCUGGUCCUCAUGAGAUCUUGCAUCCCGAGAAACAGCGCGAACAGCAAGGCCCCGCCUCCACAGAUUUAGCAAGCACAUCAGCCCCGCCGCCGUCCUCCCAAGCUCUCCCUGCCCAGUCCCAGACGAGCCCCGCCCCCACCCAUCCUGACGCUCACGAGGCCGAGGCCAGGAUCGCGGCGCUGCAGGCCAGCAACGCCGCCCUGGCGCGCCAGCUGGAAAGCAUGGAGGCUGCCAUGCGCGAAGGUCAGGAGGCCCUGGAGCGGCGGCUGCAGGACUCGGACCGCAACCUGGACAAGGUGCUGAGGGAGCUGGAGGCCACAGAUGCGGAGCGCGCAUGCCUGCAGCGCGAGAAGGCCGACCUCGUGGGCGAGGCAGUCAUGCUGCGGGCCCAGACGGAGGCCAGCGCGGCGCUCAGGGACGGCGCUGGGCGGCUGGAGGCUGAGGUUGGCAGGCUGACAGGCGAGCUGGAGGCGCUGCGUGCCAGCGCGGCGCAGGGGCAGGACGCUGGCGAGGAGGCCGAAGCCGCUGCGGCUGCCGCUGUAGAAGAGGCCGCCGCUGCCUGUCGCGAGGCGGAGGAGGCUCGGCAGGAGGCAGUCGAGGCCCUGGGGCUGGCUGAUGCCGCGAGGGACCAGGCCGUUGCCGCGAGGGAGCAGGCCGACGAGUCCGACCAAGCGCGGGAUGCGAUAGUGGCGGAGCUUGUUGCGUCGCGCGAGGAGGCGGCGCAGCUCAGAGACCAGCUGACCGGCGCGGAGGGACCCCUGACCAAACUAGUUGAGCUGCAAGAACAGCUCGAUUCUCUCCAGCGCGAGGCCGAGGCGGCUGGAGAGGCGGCGGGAUCCCUGCGGCUGGAGCUGGCCGCCGCGCGCUCGGCAGCGGACCGCGAGCGAGCGUCGGGGGAGGCGGCGCGGGGGGAUUUUGCUGAGGCUCGUGCCGAGCUGGAGGCCGCGAGGGCGGCUGCUGCAGAGCGCGAGACCAAGCUGGAGCGCAGCCUGGAGGCUGCACAUGCGGAGGCCGACGCCGCGCGCGGGGCCGUGGAGGCCGCACUUGCGGAGGCGGCGGCCGCCGCCGAGCGCGGCGCCGCAGAGGCGGAGGCGCGCCACGCAGCAGAGGUCGCCGAGCUGCGCCAGAAGUUGGAGGUGCAGCGUGCACAGCAUGACGCCGAGUGCGAAGAAGUGGAAGAGGCGCGCCAGGCCCUCGCCCGGGACCUGGCGGCCAGCGCCGCCGAGCUGGCCACGCUGCGCGCACGGCUGGAGCGCGCCGAGACGGCGUUGGAGGGCGAGCGCCACGCGGCGCAGGCCCUGCAGCGGCGGCUGGCGGCGGCCGAGGGAGCGACGGGUGAUUCAGAGGCGCUGCGGUCUCGCGUCGCCGAGCUAGAGGCCGCGCUGCUGGCGGGUGGCGGGGGCGAGGAGGCGGGGGCGCUGCGCGCGCUGCACGUUUCCAGCGCCAAGACCAUCGACAGCCUGCUGGUGGAGAACGAGAGCCUUGCGCGGCGCGUCAACGGCGCUGGCGCGGCGCGGGCUGACGGGCUUCGACCUCGGGGUGGGGGCGGUGAGGACGAAGCAUUCUCUUUCUGGGCCUGGAUCGCGGGAGCGGAUCUGGUGGACGCAGGGGCGGAGGACUGA